AGCUGUAAAAGGAGCACUCACUGUACCUCUAUGAAUCCCUGUCGUACAUGUAUUCAUCCCAGACGAAAUAAUAUAGCGAUAGUGUCAAUUUGGUCGUAUAGAGGAAUCAAUCAAAAAAGAAUAGCUGUUAGAAGUGAUCACUCAUAGCUUGAAGUAUGGUAAUGUUAACAUUAGAUUGGUUUCUUUAUUAAGGCUACAUUGCCCGUUGAGGGGGUUAGGCUACAUCGUGGAGUUAAAAGGCGUACCAGUUGUGUCUGUCCUGGUUCUGUCAGAUGAACAAAUCGUAAGAAGUCGACACCACACGCAUUUUUCCAGCUGACAACAUAGUAUUAGUCAUUGGAAGCAGAGAACUGGAAGGAAAGGCGGCCAAAGGAGGUGUUUGCUUUGGGGAUGACCAGUGAAAUAUACCUGCUGGAGCGCGUACUACAGCCCCCCCCCGUCAUGGCAUCUCCAUCUUUUCUCCUCCUCUUCCCCUCCCUGGGUUGGCUGUCUGCUGUGACAUCAUCAGAUCCCUUUGUCCAUGCUCCUCAUUUCACUGGGUGUAAAUCCAGGGAGCUCGUGACGUUUAGCUGUUGGUGGAGCGCCGGAAGCUUCCAGAAUCUCACGGAACCCGGAGCACUGCAAAUGUUCUACUGGAAGAAAACUGAUUUGACGAAAGAAUGGAGGGAGUGCCCUGACUACUCCUCCUCUGUGAAGAAUGAAUGUUUCUUCAAUAAGAACGACACAGUUAUCUGGACGACCUACUGUGUGCGGCUCAGCUCCAAAAGCCAGAACAUCACCUACGAUGAAUUGUGUUUCGAAUUGCAGGAUAUAGUGCACCCUGAUCCCCCGGUGGCCCUGAACUGGACGCUGUUGAACGUCAGCCGGUCGGGCCUGAACUAUGACAUCAUGGCGAGCUGGGAACCCCCGCCCUCGGCUGACGUAUCCGUUGGAUGGUUGACACUGGUGUACGAACUCCAGUUCAGGAGGAGGAACAGCUCACACUGGAAAGUGUUGGAGCAUGAGUUUGGCACUCAGAAGUCAAUCUACGGCCUUAGUACAGGAGAGGAGUAUGAGGUGCGCGUGCACUGCUCAAUGAGGGCCUUCAAUAACUUUGGGGAGUUCAGUGAUGCCAUCUUUGUCCAUGUGUCAGAGAUUCCCAGUAAAGAGUCCACGUUCACUGUGACUCUGGUCCUGAUCUUCGGGGCUGUGGGAGUGGCCAUUUUCCUCAUGCUCAUCAUCUUCUCUCAGCAGCAGAGACUUAUGGUGAUUCUUCUGCCUCCUGUUCCUGCACCCAAAAUCAAAGGGAUUGACACAGAACUGCUUAAGAAGCGAAAGCUGAAUGAGCUGAACUUCCUCCUGAGUGUUGGUGGCAUGGGGGGUCUCCACCCCUACCCCCCUGACCUGUACCAGGACGAGCCCUGGAUUGAGUUCACCGAGCUGGACGCAGACGAGCCUGAGCCUGGGGAGAAGGAGGACAACCAGAGCUCGGACACACAGAGACUGCUGAGCCUGGGUCACAACAACCACUGCACAAACCAUGGCUGCUCUCACACCCUCAGCAUCCCUGAUAAUGACUAUGAUCCAGAGCUGCCUGACCAGGAGACCCUAAUGUUGAUGGCUGCCCUCCUGUCCAGCCAACCUGAAAAAGUUGAACCCUGCCUGGGGAACCAGCGGAGCCACUCCAACCCCCCGGCUCUAGAGGUGCUGGAUGUCCCAUGCCCAAGGCUCCAAGCUCCAGAGCGAGGGGAGAGGCCCCUGGUCCAGACCCAGCUGGGAGGCCCUCAUAGCUGGGUCAACAUAAACUUCUAUGCCCAGGUCAGCGAUGUAAUGCCCGCUGGAGGGGUGGUGCUCUCACCAGGCCAGCAGGUCAGAGCCCCAGAGAAUGCUAUAACAACAGAGGAGGAUAAGAAGAAGAUUGGGAAGAUGGAAGGAGGAGAGGAGGAGAGUGAAGAGGAGGAGGAGGAGGAGAGAAUAAAUAAGAAAUUGCCGUCUCAGCUGCUGGUGGUGGAUCCUGAGGCUGGGGGCUACACGACAGAGAGUAGUGGCCGGCAAAUCAGUACCCCUGACCCCUCCUCACCUGGGGAGGUUUACCACGCCUUCCCCCCACCUCCCCCCUAUCUCCUGCAUACCACCCCCCUAGGGGACUACCAGUCCCUGUACAUCCUUCCCAACUCCCCUGCUCAGUUCCUGCCCCCUGUUUUGGACUACACUGUGGUUCAAGAUGUUGACUCCCAGCAUAGCCUUCUCCUCAACCCUCCUUCCCCACAGGGGACCCCCUCCUGCCCCCCACAACCACCCUCCAAGCCCCUGCCCACAAUGCCCAUAGGGUACCUCACCCCGGACCUGUUAGGCAACCUCUUGCCUUAAAGAAAAAAACACCACCCAGGAGGCCUUGGGGCAUAGAGGUCAGAGUUCACAGGCCAGGAAGUCAGUAAUCAUCCCAGAAAGACAGUCUUGUUCUACCUGAAACCAAAUAUGUUACGGGACAGACAGGCACGAUGUUUGUUUGAGAGGGUGAUGGAAGGGAAGCUGGGAAAGAGAAACGUUUCGAUGUUGUGUUUGGGUUUUAUAUAAGUGAUACUGGAACUUGAGGAAAGAGUAAAUUGGCCUUUCUGGUUUGACAGAGCUUAAAGGAAGACUUGUGUUGAACAAAUCUUACAGUGCUCUGUCUGACUAAGACCGAGACACCCAAAAACCCACAGUCUGAAACCUUUAAAUGCACAGAUUUCUAAUAUAACGUUACACACAGAUAAACUUAUGCACCACAAAUACGCAGACAGACAAGCUCAGACAUGAUUCUAGUUGUAUGUUAUCUGAUACCUUUAAGUAUCUAUCAUUUGACUGAUUAAGUGCUAUGUAAACAUUUUCCUUGCAGACACACCCAGUCCCACCUUAAUGUUUCCUACUAUGAUCUAUUAUAGAAAUGUCAGAGAGAAGUGAGUAAAGAAACAAGCUCACAUAUGUCAUAUAACAUAUAGAUAUUUAAUACUGUAGCAUAUUGGCUUAAGUCUUAACUAUACUGUAGAUGGAUCAAGUAACAGAAUGUAAUGGAGAAUAACAAGCACAUUUAUACAAUCACACACACGCACACACAUUUACAUCAUCGUUAUCGCCGCAUUAAUUGACAGAACACUUAAGUGUGCUGUUUUGUCAAACUUACCGCUACAAUGAGCGCAAAGUGACUAUCGGUGACUAUUGUCGUUCAUUUAGCACUCGUUAUUUUGCUUAGUAGCACAUUUUCAUGCUGAUAUUUAGCUUUGAAUUCUUGCAGCAGAAUCAUUGAAUCUUUACCAGACUGAGGUCACAGUAUUGAACACAGCCAUUAGACAACCUGUCUGUACUCAAUGUGAAAACUCACUCUGAUUACCAUAAUAAAUAGAGGUCAAGGCAGCUCAUAACAGCGAACAUGUUUCACUUGUGUAAUGAGACAUUAACAAGCACAGACUGGAGUCUCACAAUACAGGAAAGACUGCUUUUGUAUGUUCUACUUACUUUGCCUUCAUUUUAAUUGCAGGGACAAUAACUGAAAAUGUGUAAAGAGGUACUUAGGAUAUGUCUUUCUCUCUGUGUUUCUGCUGUUCUCAAUGCAGUUGCAAUGCCAAUGUUAAUGUGCUGUCGCUUGAGCUUUAUGAUAGUGGAAUGAGCCUCUUUUGAUGUAGUGAAACGUACUUAGACACUCAGGGUUUUCUAUAUGCACCCAACUUUGCAAACAUGCCCAAGCAAGCACACACACACACACACACACACACACACACGCAAGCACAUACAUACACACCAUUUCAAAACGUGGAAAAGACCGUAUCCACUUUUCUUUUGAGCUGACAUAUACACACGCACACACAUUGUUGUAAAAAAAAAAGAAACUGGUGGUGAAUUGGAAAUGUACUAGUUUGUGUAUCUGAUCUGCAUUAGUCAUUGACAAGACGCUCCGUAGACACAGCAGAUUAUACAUGUAUCAUCAGAAGAAAGAUCAUCUUCAUCCCGAAGAGAAACCAUCCGAUCCAGUGGUUGGGUGAGCAGCUGGAGUAUGUGUUUGGUGUUGGACAUUGUACAGUGUAGUCAUACUUGUUCAUAGGCAAUGGAGCGCUUUAAAGGUGGAUGUGAACUUUUCAGGGCCAUCAUUAUUGGAGAGUCUUGUCUCUGUGUAUGACUGUGGCAUUCUGUCAGAUCCAUUCAGCGUAUACACUCUUAGGGGGAAAAAGGGUUCUUCGGCUGUCCCCAUAGGAAAACACUUUGGUUCCAGGUAGAACUACUAGAACUACUUCUACUUGUUUUAAAAAAAUGUUUAUUUAACUAGGCAAGUCAGUUAAGAACAAAUUAUUUUUUACAAUGACGCCCUACUCCGGCUAAAGCUGGACGACGCUGGGCCAAUUGUGCGCCGCCCUACGGGACUCCCAAUCCCGGCCGGAUUCAAACCAGGGACUGCAGUGACGCCUCUUGCACUGAGAUGCAAUGCCUUAGACCGCUGCGCCACCCGGGAGCCGCUGUGCCACCUUGGAACCGAAAGGUUUCUACCUAGAACCAAAAUUGGUUCUUCAAAGGGUUCUUCUAUGGGGACAGCAGAAGAACCCUUGUAGGUUCUAGAUAACACCUUUUUUUCCCCCCUAAGACUGUACAAACUGCAUCACAAGGACUGAAAGCCUAUCUGUAAGUGCAGAAUAUCUGUUACUAUUUUGUGGUGUUCCCUACAGGAGCUCUUUGACCGUUACGAUUCGUAAAUAUGAAACAUAUAUUAUGCCGGCACGUUAAGAAUGUUCAGUUCAGAGUUCAACAUGGACAAUAUCACUUUUCAGUUGUCUAUUCAACAAUUCAUGAAUGAUGAUAAGUGUUUUUAAACGGAUAAUAUCACAACACAACCUGUUCAAGUGUGCCAUUCUCUGGCAUGCUUAUUCUCUCUCGCUCUCUUCUCUUAAGUGAACUGCUGCUGCCGCCAUUGCUGCCGUUGCUGAUGAGACCAGCAUGCAAACAUUGAAACAGAAAUCUACAAGUGCCGUAACAACUAUGUGUGUUGAAUUUUGUUUUGUUACUAAUCAGAAAUGUUGCUGUUAGGUACAUUUCCCCGCCUGCAUUCAGCCUUACCACGGGCUUAUACAUUAGGGUGCAACUUCACACAAGGUUGAGAUCGAAAUGCGUUGUCUCCAACAGACUUCAUUCAAUGUUGUGUAGUAGAAUAUGACAAAAGUGUCAGCUCUAUACAUUGCAUUUCUAUCUGCAGCAUUCUAAAACUUUGCAACAAACUGAAUAAGCCAGAGGUGCCUUUGUGUAUAUACAGUAUAAGGAAAGAGAUAUCAGAUUAUUUCAAUAUUUAAGUACUCAUCUAACAUUUGUGACCGGCCGGCUCAAACCAGUCUUAUUUAGCAAAAUUUGAAAUUGUCUUAGCUAACAUUCGGCUAUAACUAGCCAAGAAAAUGGCUCUGAGAUACGAAAUAUUAAGAUCAUCCACAUAACGUGAGCUAGCGAGCCAGCCAGCUAAUGUUAGCUAGCUAACAGCACACUUUAACUUGAAAUAAAACCACUUUCUGUCAAAAUAGAAACGUGUAAUAUCUGAAAAUGUAGCUAGCUAGACUAACUUAUAAUGUAGCUAGCUAGACCGUAUACAUCAUGAUUCAUGGAUGGACCCAUCUCCUGUCGGAUGCCAUGGUUGCCCUUAGUUUGAAGAUGUAAUCCGGAGACAGGUGGUUUCUCCAGCUCCUUAGCUAUCAUACUCGAAUUCCACUCAUUUCAAAACUCAGUCCUCCAGAAAGUGGAGCGCAACAGUUAUGCAGUUUUACUACUCGAUACAUUAAAACAAAAGCCGUGUUAGACAGGAUUACCUAGACAUACUGACCAGCUCAAAUAGACAGAAGCUUGCUAUAUGGCAGACCAAUCCAAACUCAUCUCUCGGCAUUUCCACUCAUUAUCUCAGCCAAUCAUGGCUAGCGAGAAGGUUGCUCACGUUUUCUGUGGCUAAACCAACUAGGCUCGUAAUUUAACAACUUAUUUGUAUUUACAGAUGGCAUACAAGUUUGUUAUUAAGGCAUAUGAAAGUUCAUACUGUAUGUUCGAGAAUUUUUUUUUUUUGGAUUCAAAAAACGGCUCUCCUAUGAAGUAGUGACCUGUGACAUACGCCUAGUUUCCUGAAACGAGUCACAUUUAUGGAUGUUUGAAAAGUUACAGAUAUAGGAAGAGAGAACGGAGAACAACUCUAUUCAAGCUUACGAGACAUCUGUUUACCAUUUGUGCAGUGGUGGAAAAAAGUACAUGAUCAUACUUGAGUAAAAGUAAAGAUACCUUAAAAGAAAAUUACUCAAGUGAAAGUCACCCACUAAAAUAUUACUUGAGUAGAAGUCUAAAGGUAUCUAGUUUAAAUGUACUUAUGUACGGUGGUGGAAAAAGUUCUCAAUUGUCAUACUUGAGUAAAAGUACAAAGUAAAAGUAAAUGCUAUACAUGAAAUUCCUUAUAUUAAUAAAACCAGAUGGCACAAUUUUCUUAUUUUUUAAAUGUAUUUACGGACAGACAGGGGCACACUCCAACACUCACAUAAUUUACAAAUGCAGUAUUGGUGUCUAAUUAUUCUACCAGAUCAGAGGCAGUAGGGAUGACAACGUGUUAUAUUGAUAGGUGCGUAAAUUGGACCAUAUUGCUCUCCUGCUAAGCAUUCGACAUGAAACGAGUACUUUUGCGUAUCAGGGAAAAUGUGUGGGAGUAAAAAGUAAAUACACUAUAUGACCAAAGGUAGGUGGACACCUGUUAUAUAUCCAUAUUUUGUUUUUCCCUGUCCAUAUUUUGAAUUUCAGACUAAAUCAAGUAUCUGUGAAUUAUCUAUCAUGAAUGCAUAGCAGAAUCUGUUUUUACAUUGUAAACUCCUAAGCCUUCUCACUGUCAACUGCGUUUAUUUUCAGCAAACUUAACAUGUGUAAUAUUUGUAUGAACAUAACAAGAUUCAACAACUGAGACAUAAACUGAACAAGUUCCACAGACAUGUGACUAACAGAUUUGGAAUAAUGUGUCCCUGAACAAGGGGGGGAGGUCAAAAUCAAAAGUAACAGUCUGUAUCUAGUGUGGCCACCAGCUGCGUUAAGUACUGCAUUGCAUCUCCUUCUCUUUGACUGCACCAUAUGUGGCAGUUCUUACUGUGAGAUAUUACCCCACUCUUCCACCAAGGCACCUGCAAGUUUCCAGACAUUUCUCGGGGGAAUGGCCCUAGCCUUCACCCUCCGAUCCAACAGGUCCCAGACGUGCGCAAUGGGAUUGAGAACCAGGCUCUUCGCUGGCCAUGGCAGAACACUGACAUUCCUGUCUCGCAGGAAAUCACACACAGGACGAGCAGUAUGGCUGGUGGCAUUGUCAUGCUGGAGGGUCAUGUCAGGAAGGCUACCACAUGAGGGAGGAGGAUGUCUUCCCUGUAAUGCACAGCAUUGAGAUUGCCUGCAAUGACAACAAGCUUAGUCCGAUGAUGCUGUGACACACCGCCCCAGACCAUGACACACCCUCCACCUCCAAAUCGGUCCCGCUCCAGAGUACAGGCCUCGGUGUAACGCUCAUUCCUUGGACGAUAAAUGCGAAUCCGACCAUCACCCCUGGUGAGACAAAACCACGACUCGUCAGUGAAGAGCACUUUUUGCCAGUCCUGUCUGGUCCAGCGACGGUGGGUUUGUGCCCAUAGGUGACGUUGUUGCCGGUGAUGUCUGGUGAGGACCUGCCUUACAACAGGCCUACAAGCCCUCAGUCCAGCCUCUCUCAGCAUAUUGUAGACAAUCUAAGCACUGAUGGAGGGAUUGUGCAUUUCUGGUGUAACUCGGGCAGUUGUUGUUGCCAUCCUGUACCUGUCCUGCAGGUGUGAUGUUUGGAUGUACCGAUCCUGUGCAGGUGUUGUUACACGUGGCCUGCCACUGCGAGAACGAUCAGCUGUCCGUCCUGUCUCCCUGUAGCGCUGUCUUCUCACAGUACGAACAUUGCAAUUUAUUGUCCUGGCCACAUCUGCAGUCUUCAUGCCUCCUUGCAGCAUGCCUAAGGCACGUUCACACAGAUGAGCAGGGACCCUGGGCAUCUUUCUUUUGAUGUUUUUCAGAGUCAGUAGAAAGGCCUCUUUAGUGUCCUAAGAUUUUCAUAACUGGGACUUUAAUUGCCUACCGUCUAAGUGUUAGUGUCUUAACGACCGUUCCACAGGUGCAUGUUCAUUAAUUGUUUAUGGUUCAUUGAACAAGCAUGGGAAACAGUGUUUAAACCCUUUACAAUGAAGAUCUGUGAAGUUAUUUGGAUUAUCUUUAAAAGACAGGAUCCUGAAAAAGGGAUGUUUCAAUUUUUGCUGAGUUUAUAAGAAUUGGACAGGGAGAAACCUAUCAAUAAGCUUCAAUGACAUUCUUUACAAUAUUGCCUUGAUAUUCACCAGAAAGAUAAGAUAAUGUGUGUGUUGAUCAGCCUAUAAGAAACAUUCCUACAGAGUAUUUUGUAUAUGGUCAUACAGUAUAGAUACAGUAGUACAAGUAUUCUUUCAAGACAUAAGCCAAUAUCUUGCUGUAACUAAACCCUAUAUUGUAUUUUGCUUUUCUACAAUCCCAUGUCAUUUGUGCCAAAGACAUCUUAACAUUUUCAUAUGUUGACAUUAAAAGAGAGAUGAGGAAGGGGGCUAUAGUGACUUAAAUCAUUACGCGGAUUCUGUUGCGAAACGUUUCUUAAACGGUUUCUUAAAAUGGUAGCAAACGGGGAGGGAUUUACCUCAGUUUGUCCAUUAUAAACUCUAGUUUUAGUUGCAAAACGUUCCACUGGCUCAGGUUUUGUUUGUUUGCUUGACGUUGAUUGGCUAGUGAUGAUAUUGGCUAUACAGCAUGCUUGACAUCAUUUGACAGGAUCUGGUUCAAGGGGCUUGAUGUUCGACGGGUUUCUCAUGCUUAAGUUGGUGUGUUCUGAAUUGUGUUCCUCUUUUGUUUCAUGUUCAAUAUCUUUCAAAAAGGUACACAAUAAAUAUAUAUUAUCUUUGUCAGUUA